AUGGAAACCCUGGCAUCUUUUUGGGCCCAUGACCCCUGUGACCCCAGCGACCUCGGAGAAAAGCGGCACGAGACAUCGACUGUGUGGGAGUCUCAGUGUGUCUUUAACAGCUGUCCGCCUGCCGGUCUGAUGUGGACAGAUCAGCUCUCCCCUCAGCUCCAGAGAAACAAACAGCUCCAGGACACUCUGCUGCAGAGAGAGGAGGAGCUGGCCAGACUGCAGGAGGAGAACAACAAACUCAGACAGUUCCUCAGCUCUUCAUUUGUGAAGAACCUCGAGGAAAAGGCUAAAAAACUAACCACCGAUGGGAGGAGGAGGCUGAAGAGAAAACUGACAUCUGUUGAUGAAGGUCCUUUCCAGAACUGUGUUCAUCAGCCCGUGGCCUCCCAGCAGAUCAGCAAGAGAGUCUGCAGGAACCUCACUGCCGAGUUCUGCUCUGAGUCCUCCGAAACGUCUGCCUCCUCAGAGCCAAACCUGGACCUCUGGGUUCUGCGAACCCUGGGACUGAAGGACCGAGACACCAUCGAUACAUCCAGCGACCCCUUGUCCUCAUCUGGUUACAGCCUCACAGGUUUAGUUUGUGAUGCUGCAGACGUCUCAUCCUCGUCCUCUGGAUACUCUCUCCACUCUUUCAGCCCUUCAGUUCCCACCUCUGCACCUUCUUCUGCCCACAUCUACUGCCAAAGCAAUCCUGCCAAUUCAGCUCAGAACUGCACAAAUUCUCCAGGUCAAUGCUCUGACUUCACUGCCUCCACACCCGCCGGACAGCAUGGAGCUCCUGAAGCUGUGAUCAGGAGCUACAACACACUGACUGCCUUCCAACCUCCUCCACUAACCGAAGACCUACCCUUCACCCAGUCACCAGACAGAGCAAAGAUCUGCUCCUCCACUACCUCGAGUCGAGCACAAUCUCUAGACGGAAACCCAGCAGAACAUCUGGCAUACUGGUCCUCACUGAGAGGCAGCCAGACACCAUCACAGGACACAACCCAGUUCAGUCCGCUGGGAGAAAGAAUCCGUUUCUCUCCCAUUUCGUCUUCGAGUCCAGUCACAAACCAACCCUGGACACCAGUUCAAGGCUGCAGCCCAACAAGCCCGUCAGCUGGAUCUCAGCCUCCUGUCACGCCUCAGACCCCUCGCAGCCGCGUGGACUUGGCGUUCAGUAUGUCUCUCAGCCCGUCCAGCAGCGUCAAGACCCACAGCUUCCCCCAGGGACAAGCCUUUGUCCGAAAGGACACAGAGGGAAGGUGGAAUUUCACCUGGGUCCCCAGACAAGGACCAUAG